UUUAGCGUCGUCAAUGGGAAGCACACGCCACGGUGGAAAAGCGAAUACUGUCUAGCUAACUUCCAUUUACAACAUGGGUUCCACGUCGAUUCCGUGUUUGUGGAUUACAUUUUGCAUUCAUUUAUGUUGUUUUAUGGACACUGGAAAAGCACAGAAUGCGAAAGAAGUGAUUCUGUUGGAUUCCAAGGCGCAGCAGACAGAGCUGGAGUGGAUAUCCUAUCCUCCUAGUGGGUGGGAAGAGAUCAGCGGGUUGGAUGAAAACUACACCCCCAUUCGCACAUACCAGGUUUGUCAGGUCAUGGAGCCGAAUCAGAACAACUGGCUUCGGACUAGCUGGAUAGAGAAGGGCGAUGCCCAGAGGAUUUUUGUGGAACUGAAGUUCACCUUGAGGGAUUGUAACAGUCUACCCGGUGUGGUGGGCACGUGCAAGGAGACAUUCAACUUGUAUUAUCAGGAAACCGAUUCGGAAGUCGGCAGGAAUAUACGAGAGAACCAGUAUGUGAAAAUUGACACAAUCGCAGCAGACGAGAGCUUCACCCAGGGGGACCUGGGAGAGAGGAAGAUGAAGCUGAAUACAGAAGUGCGCAUCAUUGGGCCACUGUCCAGACGAGGGUUUUACCUGGCCUUCCAGGAUGUAGGGGCAUGCAUCGCUCUGGUCUCUGUCAAAGUUUAUUACAAGAAGUGCUGGUCCAUCAUUGAGAACCUGGCCACUUUCCCAGACACAGUGACGGGGUCAGAGUUCUCCUCUCUGGUCGAGGUCGAGGGCACGUGUGUCAGUGACGCCGAGGAGGAGGCCGACAACUCUCCCAAGAUGCACUGCAGCGCAGAGGGGGAAUGGCUGGUGCCUAUAGGGAAAUGUAUAUGCAAAGCGGGAUUUCAUCAGAAGGGCGAUGCAUGUGAACCAUGUGGCCGUGGGUUCUACAAGUCCUCGUCCCAGGACCUGCAGUGUUCGCGCUGCCCAGCACACAGCUACAAUGAUCGGGAGGGCUCGUGGCGCUGCGACUGUGAGGACGGCUACUACCGGGGACUCUCGGACCCACCCUCUGUAGCCUGCACAAGACCUCCCUCGGCGCCACAGAACCUGGUCUACAACAUCAACCAGACCACGGUCAGCCUGGAGUGGAGCCCGCCGGCUGACACGGGCGGCCGCAACGACGUCACCUACAGGAUUAUGUGCCGGCGCUGCAGCUGGGAGCCCGAGGAGUGCGUAGCGUGCGGGGGGAACGUGGGAUACUCCCCCCAGCAGGCGGGAUUAGUGGACACCUACGUGAGCGUGGUGGACCUGCUGGCCCACGCCAACUACACCUUCGAGGUUGAGGCAGUCAACGGGGUAUCUGACCUCAGCCGCACCCAGAGGCUGUUCGCCGCAGUCAGCAUCGCCACCAGUCAAGCAACUCCCUCCCAAGUCAGUGAAGUCAUCAAGGAGAGAGUGCAGCAGCGCAGCAUCCAGCUCUCCUGGCAGGAGCCUGAGCAGCCCAAUGGGGUCAUCACCGAAUAUGAGAUCAAGUACUACGAAAAAGACCAGAAGGAUCGCAUCUACUCCACAGUGAAGUCCAGGUCCACGUCAGCCACAGUGAACAACCUGAAGCCCAGCACUGCCUACGUGUUCCAGAUCCGAGCCUUCACCGCGGCCGGCUACGGCACCUAUGGACCCCGGCUGGAGGUCACCACCAAGGAGGAGGCCUCAGCAGCCACCAUUGUCUCCAGCGAGCAGAAUCCCGUCAUCAUCAUCGCGGUGGUGGCCGUGGCGGGGACCAUCAUCCUGGUCUUCAUGGUGUUCGGCUUCAUCAUUGGGAGAAGACACUGUGGCUACAGCAAGGCGGACCAGGAAGGAGACGAGGAGCUGUAUUUCCAAUUUAAAUUUCCAGGCACCAAAACAUACAUUGACCCUGAAACCUACGAGGACCCGAACAGGGCUGUCCAUCAAUUUGCCAAGGAGCUGGACGCGUCCUGCAUUAAGAUUGAGCGAGUUAUUGGAGCAGGAGAGUUUGGGGAGGUGUGUAGUGGACGGAUGAAGCUCCCAGGGAAACGGGACAUGUCAGUGGCCAUUAAAACCCUGAAGGUGGGCUACUCAGAGAAACAGAGGAGGGACUUCCUGUGUGAGGCCAGCAUUAUGGGCCAGUUUGACCAUCCCAAUGUUGUCCAUCUGGAGGGAGUGGUGACCAGAGGCAAACCGGUGAUGAUUGUGAUUGAAUAUAUGGAAAACUGCUCGUUAGAUGCUUUUCUCAGGAAACACGAUGGUCAGUUCACAGUGAUCCAGUUAGUGGGGAUGCUGCGGGGCAUAGCAGCGGGGAUGAGAUAUCUCUCCGACAUGGGGUAUGUCCAUCGAGAUCUGGCUGCACGAAACGUACUUGUCAACAGCAAUCUCGUAUGUAAAGUGUCUGACUUCGGCCUGUCAAGAGUGAUCGAUGACGAUCCCGAGGCUGUCUACACAACAACGGGUGGAAAGAUACCUGUUCGAUGGACAGCAAUGGAAGCCAUCCAGUACCGUAAAUUCACUUCCGCUAGUGAUGUGUGGAGUUAUGGCAUUGUCAUGUGGGAGGUCAUGUCCUAUGGGGAACGGCCUUACUGGGACAUGUCCAAUCAAGAUGUGAUAAAGGCCAUAGAGGAGGGGUACCGCCUCCCUGCUCCCAUGGACUGCCCUCCAGGCCUGCACCAGCUAAUGCUGGACUGCUGGCAGAAAGACAGGGCCGAUCGUCCCAAAUUUGAUCAAAUAGUUGGCAUCCUUGAUAAGAUGAUUCGCAAUCCCAAUACCUUGAAAACCCCGGUGGGAACCUGCACGAGACCGAUUAGUCCCCUGUUAGAUCAGAGCACACCAGACUUCACUACUUUCCGCUCGGUUGGGGAGUGGCUGGAGGCCAUCAAGAUGGAGAGAUACAGAGACAACUUCACCGCCGCUGGCUACAGCUCACUGGACUCUGUGGCCAGGAUGUCAAUUGAGGAUGUGAUGAGCUUGGGGAUCAGUUUAGUGGGCCAUCAGAAGAAGAUCAUGAGCAGCAUACAGACUAUGAGAGCCCAGAUGCUGCAUCUCCAUGGCACAGGAAUCCAGGUGUGAUGACAGACUACAGUGCCCCCUGUGGACGGGCUAUCUAGAGCAGCACUAAGGCAAAACCUCCCAGGAUAAUCAUUGAAAAUCAUGUGACGUGAAGUCGUCUCCUAUCUGACUAUUUUUUUUCCGGAUGUUUCGGAAUGAAAUAAUUCCUGUGAUCCUUGGCGAAGGAUUUUAACCCCUCUUUAGAACGGGUACUAAGGAGAGAAUGACAGAAUACUACCUGAACAUGAUGCCGAACUUAAAACGCUCUGAGGAACUCUCAACAACAUAUCAAAUAGAGAUGGAGCUUUGGAAAAUGAGUUUGUUACGUAUUACCUUGUUCUUUUAACCUCGUGAAUGAUUUUAUUUGUGCACCAUGAAAAUGGAUUUCACUUCAAAAAAAGGAAAAAGAAAGAAGAUUUCAAACAAUUUGUUUACUCCCCUUGCGGUGGUUUUUCAGUAUUUUAUUUACCAGUUUGUUCAUUUUGUUAGUGUCAGGAGCCACAGUGAUAUGGUGUGGUACGUACAGUAAUCUUUCAUUUUUAUUUUCCCCUUACAAUUUUAUUUUAUUUUUUUCUAUUUUGGACUUGACAACAGGGUAAACGCUCCCAUCCAAAAGGAUGAGUAUGGUGGUCUGAACAUUUUGGUGGAGACGAUUUCGAGGUACUUUGACCAGUUUGUCUUGAGACACUACUGGCUGUUUUAACUGUUUGCAGUGAGUUGUGUUUUUUUCUUCCUGAUGUUUUUGAAGUGAACAACGGUAUGCUGCACCUCAGAGAAGUGACUUCAGAGAUAGUAGUGUUCUCUCGGUCGUUUGAAGCUUACAGGAGUGCUUUGCUCGUACGCAUUUGCCUGAACACAGAUGCUCCCAUUUUGUGAUGGAAAAUCAGAUUUCAAAUUUGUAUGUCGAGAUUUUGAAACAGUAUGACGCCAAUCAUUCAAGUUGAUUUGAGAUUGAUCACAACUUUUAUAUCUAAUAUCAAGCAUCAAAGUGGCAACAUUCUUGACAUGUUCAUGUUUACCACAUGAAUCAUUUGAUCGUAUUGUCCAAUGUGCUUUCAAUCUGAACUAUGAUUUCCGUCGUUGAAUUCAAUUCAUCAAUUGAACGUUUCCACAGACAGAUUGUUCUACAGAAGGAUUGUAUUGAAACUUAAUGAGAUGACUUGAUCCACUGCAAAUGGUGUUGCCAUUGAAAUGCCCCCCCCCAACAAAAAAUGUUGCAGCAAAUGGCAUUUGUUUCGUAUUUUAGUGAAUACGGUGGUUGAGGGUGAAUCUAGGAAAUGCUGUGUACGCACUUUCUAGAAGUAAUAAUGCCUUAAAAUGUGUUAGACUAAUGUAUUGACAUUCUUUUUAGGCUAUUCAAUGGCAAUGUUUUUUGCAGUUCAGUGAGACAUGUCUUGUGUCUGAAUGGAAAGGUUCCCCAUUUUCUUUGUGGUAUCAUUUCAUGCAGGUUGACGUUUAUUGUUACGAAUCUUUCCCUGGAGGCAGAACUGAGCAGUUUCCGCUAGAUGGGCCAGCUGCAAAAUCCAAAUUGGCUAUAUCGUAAAAAUUCAUGAAAACAAACAUUCGCUUUUUGGUCUUAAAUGAAGGGUACGGGUUAGACAUUAGGGUUAGCAGUGUGGUUAAAGGAAAGGGGGAUACCUAGUCAGUUGUACAACUGAAUGCCUUCAACUGGAAUGUGUCUUCCGCAUUUAACCCAACCCCUCAAGGCUAGGGUUAAGGUUAGAGUUUAGGUUUCAAAUCAGGUUUUAUGACUUUGUGGUUGUGCAAGCUAGUGACCACCCUGCAGAGCUGCCUCCAAGGCAAGACUCAUGAAAGUAAAUGCCAACCUGCUCCAUUCAUCCUGAACUUGAAAAUCAUGCACACUUGCGUAUGUUGAAUUUCACGAUUGAUGCUUGACCAAACAAAGCAAUAAUUAGUCCAGGUAGAAAUGGUCCAUCUCAGAGAUUUGAAGGUGCUAGGUUUUACAGAAAUGCCUGUUGUGCUGGGAUAAUAUACCGGUAUACUUAAGUUAUCAAAUCAUUCAAUAGUAAUGCCACUUACGAAAUGGUAUCCCCGAAUAUGCUAAUGACUUAAUAACAAGGUCACAGUGUAUGACUAUAUUUGGAACAUAUGGCUGUAACCGUGGGGUGAAAUGACAUUCAAGCAGCAGAGAGGCACACGCAUUAGUCAUGACAUCAUCCUUUCCAUUGCACCACACUUCAUUUGAAGGCCUUCAGUUUGGCAUGAGGUACUUACAGCAUCUAAUAACCCAAUAUCAUGAUAUAUAGAAAAAUCCUGAUACUCCUUAUUACGAUGAUCAUACUGUGAAAAUCACUUACCGUCCCAGCCCUAGCCAUUCAGGAGAGCCAGGCAAACAGUAUGGGUGAUGUAACAUGCAUAAAAGUGUUUCUAUGCUUUUUUCCCCCUUUUUAAAAAAAACUUCCCUGCCCCUUUGUAUGCUAAUCAGGGCACAGAGAUUAGGAAUGGGCUCUGCAAAGAUGUGCAAAAAAAAAAAGCCAACCUAAUGGUGCCAUCAGUCUUCACCUUUUACAACAAAAUGAAUGUUAUCAUAUAUGUCUUCAGCAAUGUAUUAUUCUCCGACAAAUGGUCGGUUCACUCAUUUCUUUCUCAUUAAAAGUAAGGAAAAUAUAGAUAUUUCCAACUGCAGUUGUGUAAAAAAAAAAAAUUGGGGGGGGGGUUUCACAGUAUUUUGAACAUAGAGUACCAGUCAAAAGUUUGGACACACCUAGUCAUUCAAGGGUUUUUCUUUAUUUUUACUAUUUUCUACAUUGUAGAAUAAUAGUGAAGACAUCAAAACUAUGGAAAAACACAUAUGGAAUCAUGUAGUAACCGAAGAAGUGUUAAAUAACAGUUUAGAUUUUAGAUUCUUCAAAGUAGCCACCCUUUGCCUUUGACAGCGUUGCAGAUUCUAGGCAUUCUCUCAACCAGCUUCACCUGGAAUGCUUUUCUAACAGUCUUGAAGGAUUUCCCACAUAUGCUGAGCACGUGGCUACUUUUCCUUCCCUCUGCGGUCCAACUCAUCCCAAACCAUCUCAAUUGGGUUGAGGUCAGGUGAUUGUGGAGGCCAGGUGAUCUGAUGCAGCACUCCAUCACUCUCCUUCUUGGUCAAAUAGACCUUACACAGCCUGGAUGUGUGUUAGGUCAUUGUCUUAUUGAAAAACAAAUGAUAGUCCCACUAAGCCCAAACCAGAUGGGAUGGUGUAUCGCUGCAGAAGGCUGUGGUAGCCAUGGUGGUUAAGUGUGCCUUGAAUUCUAAAUAAAUCACAGACAGUUUCACCAGCAAAGCACCCCCGCACCAUCACACCUCCUCCUCCAUGCUUCAUGGUGGAUGCCACACAUGCUGAGAUCAUCCAUUCACACUACUCUGCGUCUCACAAACACAAAGACGAUUGGAACCAAAAAUCUCAAAUUUGGACUCAUCAAGGACACAUUUCCACUGGUUGAAAGUUCAUUGCUCAUGUUUAUUGACCCAAACAAGUCUCUUCUUCUUAUUGGUGUCCUUUAGUAGUGGUUUCUUUGCAGAAAUUCAACCAUGAAGGCCUGAUUCACGCAGUCUUCUCUGAACAGUUGAUGUUGAGAUAUGUCUGUUACUUGAACUCUGUGCAGCAUUUAUUUGGGCUGCAAUUUCUGAGGCUGGUAACUCUAAUGAACAUAUCCUCUGCAGCAGAGGGUCUCUCUGGUUCUUCCUUUCCUGUGGUGGUCCUCAUGAGAGCCAGUUUCAUCAUAGCGAUUGAUCGUUUUUGCAACUGCACUUGAAGAAAUUUUCAAAGUUCUUGACAUUUUCCAUAUUGACUGACCUUCAUGUCUUAAAGUAAUGAUGGACUGUCUUUUCUCUUUUCUUAUUUGACCUGUUCUUGCCAUAAUAAGGACUUGGUCUUUUACCAAAUGGGGCUAUGUUCUGUAUACCACCCCUACCUUGUCACGACACAGCUGAUUGGCUAAAACACAUUGCAAAGGAAAGAAAUUCCACAAAUGAACUUUAACAAGGCACACCUGUUAACCGAAAUGCAUUCCAGGUGACUACCUCAUGAAGCUGGUUGUGAGAAUGCCAAGAAUGUGCAAAGCUGUCAUCAAGGCAAAGGAUGGCUGUUUGAAGAAAAUAUAUUUGGAUUUGUUUAACUUCUUUGGUUACUACAUGAUUCCAUGUGUUAUUUCAUAGUUUUGACAUCUUCACUAUUAUUCUACAGUGUAGAAAAUAGUCAAAAUAAAGAAAAACCCUGGAAUGAGUAGGUGUGUCCAAACUUUUGACUGGUACUGUAUAUGCACCCAAUGUUAGAGUAUUUGGCUGUAGCUGAUGCUGUCUUUGUUCCUGUGGACUCAUCAUAGAUACAGAUUUUUAAAGCUGCAGUUUUCCCAAUGAUUAUUUAAGAUGCCCUUCAAUUUGCCUGUAGAGAAUGAAAUGGUCUUCGGAAAGCCAACCCUGAAACACCAUCAUGGACUUUGGCUGCAAGCUUAGCAUUUGUAAAGCCAUUAGCGAUUUUGUCUAUUCUUUCCUAGAUACAUUUCCAUUGUGCUCAGUCCAAAGGGACUCACCCCUGUGGUAGGGGGAUACCUGGGAAUCAGACCUUGCCCAGCCUGCUCUGGGCCCCGUGUCACAGACAGACAGAGCCACUCUUUAUCCAUACAGCAAAGCUCAGCAAUUGGGUCUAUGCCAGCCCUUUGAAUUGAAUACCAGCGCAAAGGCAUUCAGUCAGCACAAAACUCCCCAGUUCACAAGGCAGGCAGCAGUCAGUCCUCGUUCUCUGCCCCUCUCCCGUUCUCUCUCUGUCUACUCUCCCCUGCUCUGAUCUCAAACAGCGGGCCCCUGGGGGCCUUCACACCUCGGUGCUGGAGGCCCCCCACUCCCCCUUCCCUCUCUCCCUCUGAGUCAGGGGUCCCGUAGAGACAGCAAUUUGAGCCAAAUUGAGAUUAAGACGUGGAUACAAUCGAUCCGCCAUACAAAUAAUCUGUAACCUUCACAGGAAAUGUCACCUUUUACUGUUCGCUUUAACUUUUUUUUUUAACCCAUUUUGUAGUUGAGGAUGUUUUAACUCAAUAUAUGGGUGUGUUAUUGUGUUUCAACUAAGUUUUUAAGGCAGUUUGUGUGGCGGGUUUAUUGGAUUCAAGAAUGAGAUGUCAUAAAAAAAAAAUAUUGAAGUAGACUGGUUAAUAUUCUCCAUACCUUUUGGACAAACUGAAAUUGUGAACGCGCCUUUUGCAUAGAUGGUGGAUAAUUCCAAAGAGUUCAGCACUGUUGAUGGUGUCAGAGAGAUCAGAGAUCCCUAGGGAAACUUUUGUAUAGGUUCUAACUGUAAAACGUGUACAUUUUAUUUAUGUUGUUGUUGUUGUUGUUUUUGUUUUUUUACACACAUUACUCUGUAGUGAGCUCUGAAUACAUUGAAAAUGCACUAUAUUUUUCUAUCUCACUUGCAGAUGAUUACUGUCACCCAGAAGAUUUCAGUUGUACAUACCUUCUCAUUUAGGACCAAAGACAGCUGAUAGGUUUCCCAUUUAGAAUUGCAUUUUGUUUUUAUUUUUGCCUUUUAGUUUAAUGUACAGUAAUACGAAUUGUCAAUUUAUUAUUUAUUUUUCUGUGAUGAGAGUAUUGAGAGUAUUCAUUGGUCAAGAGUAUUUUCCCCAAACAGCAGAAGUGUAAAAUCAUUACUUAGACGAUUUCUUGUUAAAUAGACGUUUCUUUUUUUUGUUGCUUCGUAACCUUUGUAAUAGACUGUACAUAUAUUUUUGGAAAUAUAAUACAAUCUCUAUAGAAA